AUGGCAAAGCGCCGCUUCAAGCUCCUUGCGUUGGCCUUGUCCAUUAUGGUGGCCAGGUCUUUCGUUGCUCCGCUUGAGACAUCGCGAAUCACCCAAGUUGGCAGACACAAGGCCCCAAGAAUCACGAGAUGGGCGUUCGACGCUUCGAAUGCUGCCCAGUAUCUAGAACCAUUCGUCGCUGUGCUUGGGUUAUCACUGAAGGACGUCGUACAGGGAGUUCAGGUUGCAAACAGCAACAUCGUGUCGCUUUCGAGGCAGGAUACGUUGGUGAACUCCGACGAUGCCCAAGACCACGCAGAAAGCCUUGCAGAAGCCUUGCUGGCGGAAAGUGCAUCACCUGAUUUCCGCAACAUCUUCUUGCCGAAGAUUUCGUUGCCGCGGAUCCCUGUGAACGGUACGAAGUUUCAGCUUCUGGUGAGCAGCGUAUUGUCAGAUACGAAUUUCACCGGGGCCUCUUCCAUUCACGCGGAACCUGGUGUAGGCAAAUCAGUUGCUGCAGCUUUGGCCAUGCUCGAAUGGGCGAAGUACGCACCAAGGUCAAUCACAGUUUUAUUCAGUGGCAGUGUUGCACGCCUUAAGGAGUUCUUUAAGGUCGAAGACAUCACCUUGGUGCCUGUUGUUGCAGGAUUCCUGUACCCGAUCUUGGCGGAAGAAGGGGUUCGCUUACAACUCAUACUGGACAACAUUUUCGACACAGAUUUGGCAGAAGGUAAGAUGGUGAUGGACCUUGCCAAGGCUGCGUUCCAGCAUGGACAGAUCAUCGUCAUUACGCAGUCGGAAAUGGUUGCAAAAGGUGUCGCAAAGCUCAAUGGGCUCCGAACACGGCUGGCCCCACAGCAGCAGGAUGCGAAGGAGUAUCGAUGGAGUGAGACGCAGGCACUCCAACUCUUUGCGGGCUUGGAAGCAGCAAACGGGGUCAAGAGCUCUGAUACCGAACAGAUCGAGGAUGCAGUGAAGAAGUCGGUGGAGAAGUUCAAAACGAAUCCUGUCAUGAUCGCCGAGAAUUUGGAUGGGGCGCGGUUUCCUGACGGCGGAUGGAGUCCAGUGGGCAUCAUCCAGUUCCAGCGCUCAGGCCAGCAGCCUGUCUCAGCUGCAGGCAGUACUUCGGCAUCCACCGUCGUCUGGGUGAGGGAGCUGAUCCGCAAGGAUGGGACGGUCGCCGCCAAGUCUCGUCAAGAGGGCGAGGAUAAGCUGGAGCCGGCGUUUAAGGUGUCCCCAAAGGACCACCCAGACGCGAGACUCAAUGAUGUGGACGACUUGAAGAAAGCCAUCAAGCAGACGAAGUCUAACGCCCUACGAGACGUUGAUCCCGAUCAAAUCGACAUCUACCUCCGCUCAAAAGAAGCUGGGGGGUGGCAACUCGUCGAAGACGAAUCGGAAGUCCUGCGUCAGGACAGCACCAGGCAAGACUGCUACGGCUUUUUGCCGCGACGGACUUGA